GCAAUCGGGGCUUUAAGUCCUUGAUUAGGAGAGUGUGAGAGCUUUUGGUCCCAACUGGCUGUGCCCAUAGGCUUGACACCAGGAGAACAUUUCUGUUAAUUGCACCGUGCUCUGUCAAGGAAAGUUUGAUUUAUAGCUGGGGUGCACAAAUUAUGGUUGCUGAGCGCACAUGGAUUCGGUAGAACUUUGCCUCCCUGAAUCUUUUUCCCUGCACUACGAAGAAGAGGAAAUGGUUUAUAUACACAGGCAUGGUGUAAAUGUGAGGACGAGCUCUUUUUCUGAAAAUAAAACCUUACCUUCAUGGCUUCUCUGCAGAAUGUCAAGCAAAGAUCGACACAUUGACUCUAGCUGUUCGUCAUACAUCAAGACGGAACCCUCAAGCCCAGCCUCCUUGACGGACAGUAUCAACCACCACAGCCCGGGAGGCUCUUCUGACGCCAGUGGGAGCUACAGUUCCACUAUGAAUGGACAUCAGAAUGGACUAGAUUCUCCACCUCUGUACCCGUCCGCCACAGGGCUAGGUGGCAAUGGACCUGUCAGGAAACGAUAUGAUGACUGCUCCAGUACCAUUGCCGAAGAAUCGCAAACCAAGUGUGAAUAUAUGCUUAACGCAAUGCCCAAAAGACUGUGUCUGGUGUGCGGUGACAUAGCAUCGGGUUACCACUAUGGUGUGGCUUCAUGUGAGGCCUGUAAGGCCUUUUUCAAAAGGACAAUUCAAGGUAACAUAGAAUACAGCUGCCCUGCAACGAACGAAUGUGAAAUAACGAAGCGCAGACGUAAGUCGUGUCAAGCCUGCCGGUUCAUGAAGUGUUUGAAAGUCGGGAUGCUGAAAGAAGGAGUUCGCCUUGACAGAGUACGCGGAGGUCGACAAAAGUACAAGCGCAGGAUAGAUGCAGAAAAUAGUCCAUAUCUGAACCCUCAGCUUGUCCAACCAGCCAAAAAGCCAUAUAACAAGAUUGUCUCCCAUUUGCUGGUGGCCGAACCAGAGAAGAUCUAUGCUAUGCCCGACCCUACUGUCCCCGACAGUGAUAUCAAGGCCCUCACUACACUUUGCGACCUGGCGGACCGAGAAUUGGUUGUAAUCAUUGGUUGGGCCAAACAUAUUCCAGGGUUCUCCACCUUAUCCCUGGCCGAUCAGAUGAGCCUUCUGCAGAGUGCAUGGAUGGAGAUCCUGAUCCUUGGAAUCGUGAACCGAUCGCUCUCCUUCGAAGACGAACUGGUCUACGCCGAAGACUACAUAAUGGACGAAGACCAGUCGAAGUUGGCCGGCCUGCUGGAACUGAACAAUGCCAUCUUGCAGCUGGUGAAAAAAUAUAAAACCAUGAAGCUCGAGAAGGAAGAAUUUGUAACCCUAAAAGCUAUAGCUCUUGCUAAUUCAGACUCCAUGCAUAUAGAAGAUAUAGAAGCUGUCCAGAAGCUUCAAGAUGUCUUACACGAGGCUCUGCAGGAUUACGAAGCUGGGCAGCAUAUCGAAGACCCCCGUCGGGCCGGCAAGCUAUUGAUGACCUUGCCUCUUCUUCGGCAAACGUCUACCAAGGCCGUCCAACAUUUUUACAACAUUAAACUAGAAGGAAAAGUUCCUAUGCACAAACUUUUUUUGGAAAUGCUCGAGGCCAAGGUCUGACUAAAAGCAUCAUUGGUGUCCCCAGGGUGCUGAUUGGUAGAAUAAGGGAAAAGUAAAAAAAAAAAAAAGUUCUGGCAAAUAAACUUUACUACUGAACGCAAAGCAAUUGACUGCGCUGAUAUUAGCAGCAAGACUUUAGCAGCUUUGUCUGUAUCCUGAAGAUACAGGUUUUUCCUCUUCCUUUUUUGCUGCUGAAAUAAAAUAAUAAUAAUAAUAAUAAUUAAAAAAAGUCUUUAACUGCAAGAGAUGGAAGCCAGCCCUGCCAAAGGACAGAUAUCCGUAGAAAGGAUACCACUGAAUUAAACAUGGACCAUAAUGUCCUCCACGAUAAUGAAGGAAUCGACGAGAGAAACAUCAUAUCUUGACUAUAGUUCAAACACAUUGACUGAAUGAGGUGUUAAGAUUUCAUGGGAGUAGCCUCUAGUUCCGAGGAGGCUAGCCUCCGUCCUUUCAGCUGCUGUUGAACUCUAACAUCGGACAUUGCCUGCCAGACAGCUGGACUGAGGUUAUAGGAGUUGUCGGUCGCCGUACGCCGCCCUGUCCAUGGUACUCCCCCGACCGACGCCUCAUUGGCUGCUUCUUAACCAUUUCAUUUCCGAUUUACGAGUCAUUUACGGCAUUCGAUUCCUUGUUUUUUCAAGUCUUCCAGAAAUUUCUCGGUUGUGUACUACGGUCACUUUUUUCAGGGAAUAGUUUGAGCUUUAGUCAUUAAUUUAAAAACGGAAUUCUGGCUUGAGCGCCAAUGAACAAUAAUUCAAAAAAAUGGAUAAAUCCUUGAGUUUUUUUUUUUAAUUUUAUUGUUUCACUUAUGGUUAUAAAUUGAGAUUAUUUUGUAUCAUGUUUCAGCCGUUUAUCAAUGUUGGUAUUUAUCUGAUUCAAGCAAUAGUGGAAGGAGAGGUGCAUAUUUACCACGGAUGCAAUUUGUGUUGUGUGCCAGUCUAGUCCCUGAUAUUCCGUUAUACAAAUAUAUAUUCACAUUCAAAAAUAUUAGAUUACACCUGCGAUGCAAAUAGGUAGUCUAGUGCACUUAACCCUUUCAGCAAAGGGGGUGUUUGCAAAAUUGCUGCUGCCUCUUUUCCCGAGGAAUCCGAAUUUUCACCCCCCCCCCCGCCAUUACCUAAGCAACAAUCGAAAGCGCAAAAAACGCGUUGCAGGCAAUAAGGCAAAGGCCGGCAAUAAAAACGUAAUAAUGUUUCUGCUGUUUAGACCAUCAAAAAAGGGGAAAGUAAUAACUGUAAGAGCCGUUCUUUCUUAACUGUCAUUUUUUUAAACAAAUGGCUCAAUGUGAUUUGCUGUCAGUAUUGCUGGAGAAUGAUCGGAGUAGAAAAGGUCAACUCUUUUCAUGCCAAACUGGCGUAGGGGUUUAAUCUUAUAGCUAUGCCAUCCUGUUGCUGGCUUAGAAGGGGUUAAAAAGAUGGAAUAGAAGAAUAUUUUCCGGUUCUUAACAGCCACAGUUGCUAAUUAACCGACAGUUACAUCAGUGCUAUGCCAACAUACGAGUGUUAAUAGCUGCUCCCCCCGCCCUGUACUAUGUGAAUGCCCCCAUUAUAUAUACAACUGUCAUUAAAACUGUAAUCCUAACAGACAACAACAUUGUAGUUCAGCUUUUCACUGUUUCCUGAUUGCUGUGUAUUCUCCUUGACUCCAUUUUUGCCAAUAUUUCUUUUUCUUUUUUCCGCAGCCGUCGCGCGGCAUUUCCACACUCGUGGUGUGCGCUUUUAGACACAGGGUAGAAUUAGAGAAAAUACCACAUUUUAGCAGCCAAAAUGAAUGGUUUCUUCCCAUUGGAUGAACAAAUCACACCGAAAAUGUAGAAUGUUUUCAAAAACAGAACUAUAGAAAAACGAAAAAACGUUUUUGACCCAAAACGGUUCUUAAGAGGACACAAAUGUAUAUCUUAUAUAAAAAAAGAACUACUUAGAUAAGCCUAAUUUUAAAGAAUGCUGUACAUAUAGCUUUUAUGGAACCAUCUCAAAUGGUAUUAACUAUCUCUGUGUUGUUGCAAACAUUUUUUUUUUCCCCUUUUGUGUGUACAGGUCCCCCCCCCCCCAAAAAAAAACAAACAAAAAUAUUGCUACUCUGUGUGCUAUAAAGAGUCUACAACCGGCCCACCGGCCGCGUUCUAUAAAUACCGUGUAUCUAUCAUUAGCUAUAUAAAGACUAUAUUGUAGAUUGUGGUUUCUCAGUAGAGAAGUAACUGUAGUGUGGUUCUAGAUAAAUCAUCAUUAGCGAUUCAUUCAGAUGGUGAAUACCUGGAAAUGAAUAGUGUGGAUAGGUGUUCAUAGGUUGCCACAUCCCUUUUCAAAAUUUACAACUCCUGGAAUAAAAAAAAAAAAGGUGCUGGCUGAGUUAGGGUAUUUAUUUCCGUAAGCGUAAUAUAUACAUAUAUGUUGUUUUCCAGAGGGCAAGUUUGACAUUGAUUCAAUAAUACUAUAGGAAUUAGUGAUGAGCGAAUUUCCGCAUUUGGCCAAUGGUGAAUUGUUUCGCGAAACUUCCGUGAAAAUUUGCCGCUGAGACAUUCGGCACGUGGAAUUUUUUUUGUUGCGUGGCAAAUUGAGCGCAGUCGUGUCAAAAAAGGUAGCGAAUUUCAGCAUUUCGCCAUUGGCAAAUUGUUUCACGAAACUUCCGUGAAGAUUCGGCGCGGGAAAAUUUGUUGCACAGAAUUUUUUUUGGUUGCGCGUCAAAUUGGGUACGGUCGCGUCCAAAAAAAAGGCGCGGUCGUGUCAAAUUGCCCCGCGGUCGCAUCAAAAAAGGGGCGCAGUCGUGUCAAAUCAGGCACAGUCGCGCAUAAAAAGCCAGCGAAUUUCUGCAUUUCACCAUUGGCUAAUUGUUUCGCGAAACUUCCACAAAAAAUUGCCGCGGAAAAAUUCUUUGCGCGGCAAUUUUUUGGGUUGUGCGUCAAAUUGGGCACAGUCGCAUCAAAAAAGUCACGGUCAUGUCAAAAUUGACAAACAAAAAUUAUACACAGGGGCAACAAAAAAGACGCGGGCGACAAAAAAAAUUGCGACAAAUGCGUUGUGCGAAUUUUAUGCUGUUUUGCGAAUUUUCUUGCCGUUUCCCGAAUUUUAUCACAAAGUAAAACGGGACAGAUUCACUCAUCACUAAUAGGAAUACAUUCUAUACAACUUUCCCUGUAAUACGCAGGGUCGGAAUGGGCUGCCGAGACACCGGGAAAAAACUCGGUGGACUCGGAGGACCCCGGCCCUAGUGGGAGCCCCGGUGGGCCCUGCACCCCCCCAGUCCGACUCUGGUAAUACAUGUGUCUGUACUUGGUUAUAUCUGUACAAUUCAUCCUAGGAAAAGAGUUUAAACAGUAACCAAAACUGACGUUCCAAUUGGGAGAAUUGGAACUGAAAUAUAUAUUGUACCAAUCAGAAUUCAGAAGACAAAACGAUUAGAUCAUGUUAAACUUUGCUCCAUUCUUCUUCUUUUUUUUUUUUGAGGGGGGUGGAUUUAUACCCGGCAUGGGUUCCAGUUAAUCGUACGUAUGAUUGAGAAUUAAUUGCUAUUAUUUAUAACUUGCUUCGUUUUUAAAUUAUUUUAUUUCCUGUUUAUUUAAUGCCAUUCGAUCGCGCGUCUCUGGGCAGCCACCGCCGUGUGUCUCCCACAGACCAGAUGUUGUAUUUAUUCCGGUAUUUUGCAUUUAAAUUAUAUAUAUUAAAAAAAAAAAAAAAAGAUAUAAAAAAUUUAAAUCUGCUAUUUUUAUUAUUGAAAGAAGAAAUGGGUGUUGGUGAUUGUAUUUGAAUUAUUUAUGCUUCUCUGUUCACCUGCCUCGGGAAGAAAAAAAAAAUCUUAUAGGCAAAAAUCAUCUAAAAAAGAUAAAUAAAUAUGAUUAAUUAACGUUAUUAUUAUGAUCCAGGAGUUGCACCAUAGCCAGAAAUGACAAAUAAAAAAAAAAUAAUUAAAAAAAAAGGAAAUAAAAAGACGAUAAAAGAAAAAAAAAAAAACCGAGGAAACCAUGUCUAUAGUUGUAGAGGUGCUUCACAUCGGUAAAGCAAUCAACUGUAUAUUUUUGUGACGUGUACCAUACCAUGUGCUCCGGAAAAUGUCCAUUUGUGUAAAUGUAUUUAUUUUAUAUUGUAUAUAUUGUUAAAUGCAAAAAGGAGACAUGAUUCUGUAACUUCAAUCGGUUCAGAUGUGUAAGUCAAAUAAUUAUGCCUUUCAGGAUGAUGGUAGAGCAAUAUUAAACAAGCUUCCACUUUUGGAUUGGG